UUCUCGUUCCUUCUCACAACGGCGCUCUUUAAGCUCCGGUGCGCGAUACAGAGCGGCCAUUCAUUGAAGGGCAAACCAAACGAGGGGGCAGGGGACAGGGCGAGCGUCACACUGGUGGACAGGGGAACGCACGAACUCCCGUGUUGAACGGGCGACCUCCUAAACUCUGUAUUGGCGACAUCGGUGGAAGUGAAUGGGAAGUGCAAAGGACAGGAUUUGGGUACAUUCGAUUACGCACGAGUAGGCUAUGGGUUUACGCGUGGCAUAUAGGAAUAAUUCCAUAUAGAGGAGCGAGUCUGGACUCUCUCUCAGCUGUAGCUUAAAGUUUUACAUUCUCUGAACAAAUUUACAACAUUUUCCUGCAAGGAUAUUUUUUGUUGCCAAUCGAUAAUAGCCUAUACAUUAAAAUGUCUGGAGAGGAGCACAGUCUAUCCGAGGCAGAGUUGAGUCCCGGGGGAUCAGAUGGUCACUCUCUGUCACCGGCACACUCCGGGGCCACCGGCGGCCGGGACUCCCCGCUCACCGGUCCGUCGCAGCAACUGACGGGGCUUUCUGGCGCAGAUGGCGGCGGAGAGGACGGUGGAUUAGUGCCCAAGUCAGAGGUGGAUAUGGACCGGUUCCCCAUCGGCAUCCGCGAGGCGGUCAGCCAGGUGUUGGACGGAUACGACUGGACGCUCGUGCCCAUGCCCGUGCGCGUAAACAACGGGAACAAGAGCAAGCCGCACGUGAAGAGGCCGAUGAACGCCUUCAUGGUGUGGGCGCAGGCCGCGCGCCGUAAACUGGCGGACCAGUACCCUCACCUGCACAACGCGGAGCUCAGCAAGACACUCGGCAAACUGUGGAGGCUCCUGAAUGAGAGUGACAAGAGGCCUUUCAUUGAGGAGGCGGAGCGACUGAGGAAACAACAUAAGAAGGACUACCCAGAGUACAAGUACCAGCCCCGCAGACGCAAGAACGGCAAGCUGGGGACCAAUGGUGAGGGAGGGGAGGGAGCAGAGGGGGAGGGCAGCCAGUCCCAUUACAAGGCCCUCCACCUGGAUGUGCACAGUACAGGGGCUGGGUCCCCCCUGGCCGACCUCCACCACCAUCAUCACCACCACCCUGCAGGUCAGGGUCACAGCCCGCCAACACCCCCCACCACCCCAAAGACAGAGCUCCAGUCUGGAAAGAUGACGGAGGGGAAGAGGGAGGGCGGAGGUGGCUCAGGGUCUUCCCGUGGAGGAGGCCUGGGGGUAGGAGCAGAGGGGGCCUCUGGGGGACAUUCAUCAGCGGGCGGGAAACCCCACAUCGACUUCUGCACCAUGGACAUCGGCGAGAUCAGCCACGACGUGAUGGCCAACAUCGAGCCCUUCGACGUCAACGAGUUUGACCAGUACCUGCCGCCCAACGGGCACCCGGGGGUCGGCCAGGGCGGCGCCACACCAAGCUCCUCCGCUACAUCCUACGCCUACGCCCUCGCCGCCGCCAGCGGUCACUCAGCCGCCUGGCUCUCCAAGCAGCAUCAGCAUCAACAGCCCUCCCCCUCUGCCUCAGACGCCACCAAGGCCCAGAUCAAGAGUGAGUCUGGGGGCGGGAGCCACUACACAGAGACUUCCUCCUCUUCGUCAGGAACACACGUCACCUACACCCCCCUCAGCCUCCCCCACUACGGAUCAGCCUUCCCCUCGCUGCCCUCCAGGGCCCAGUUUGAGUACGGGGAGCACCAGGCGCCAGGGCCGUACUACGCCCACUCCAGCCAAGCCCCGGGGCUGUACUCAGCCUUCUCCUACAUGGGGCCCAGCCAGAGGCCCCUCUACACUACCAUCACUGACCCCUCCAGCGUGGCCCAGUCUCACAGUCCUACACACUGGGAGCAGCCUGUCUAUACCACCCUGUCACGGCCAUGAGAGAGACUGAGAUGCAUGGGAUUGGGUGUGUGUGUGUGUGUGUGUGUGUGUGUGUGUGUGUGUGUGUGUUGUGCGUCUCUACACCACCCUCUCACGACCCUGAGAGAGGGAUAAAGAAAGACAAAGAUUGGAAGGGUGUAGGGUGGCUAUUGAAUGUGUGUGUGUGUGGGGGGGGGGGGGGUUAACAAAGGAUGGAUAUCUUACUGAUGUUGUAUUGGGAUUCAUUGGGACUUGACAGUGUAUCUAUCCAUGGAGUCCUUAUAAUAUUUUACUGUAUAGUAUAUUUUCUAUCACAGCCAAUGGUCAAUAGCCAAUCAGAAUAAACCUUUAACCAAUGUGUGCCAUGUUUUAGUGUGUAAGGUCAGGAUCCCAGCUGCCAGUGUGUCAUAGUGUAUAGUAAGAGGGCUUAUUGUGAUGAGGAGCCCAGAGCACACAGAACUAAUACCGUAGUGGUAAGAAGGAUACACAUAGGCUUUCAAAACGCUGCUAACUUUCCCCAAAUUCCCCAGUUUUCUAGAAAUUCUAGUUGGAAGUUCCUGGAAUUAGGAGGGAAUAAGCAGGAUAUCCAGAAAUCUUCCUACUGGGCUUUCUGGAAAACUGGGGAAUUUUGGAAAAGUUAAUGGAAUUUUUCCAACCCUAGCUACCUAUAUAACAAGGAUUGAGUAACAUUGCCGGCAAGGACUGGCUUUCAGCGGGUUUCGACAGGCUAUCAGCCUAGAACAAAUACAACGUGAUGUUUAUCAGAACUGGGUUGUUUUAGAUUGAAAUAAUCCGAUUCUAUUAACCAAACUAAAGGAAAUGUUUGUGUGACUUCAUUUGAGUAUUUUGUUAUGUCUUAAGUGAUGUAUUUUUUGGUUAUUUUUUAUAUGACUUUACAUUCUGGUUCGAUAUUACACUGACAUGUCUUCACCACUGCUUUUGAAAGAAAAUGUUUAUUUCAAAUAGGUCAGUUUACUUGGCUAAAAACUUCAUGCGUUGGUCUACGGGCGUCAGGUAGUCAAGCCGUUAAGUGCGUUAGGCCAGUAACUGAAAGGUUGCCGGUUUGAAACCCUGAGCCGGCGUGGUGGAAAAAUCUUCUAUUCUGCCCUUGAGCAAGGCAGUUAACCUGCAACAACUACUCCCCGGGCGCCAUGGAUGUCGAUUAAGGCAGCCCCCCACUGCACAUCUCUGAUUCAAAGGGUUUGGGUUAAAUGUGGAAGUCGUGCAACUGACUAGGUAUCACCUUCUGGGAUGCUGCUUGACUCCUUAUGUGUUGCAUUGUGAAAAACCAUAGUUGAUGAGGAAAAAGGACAAAAGAAAAGGAGGGAAAGAGAAUUCCUGGAAACACUUUAGCAUAGAGUUCUGGAAAGCAGCACAUUACCUCAACUCAAUGUACAUGUGCCAAUAACACUUUUCACGCUCUAAUAUCCUUGAUGAGAAUAUAUGGCACACAUUUCGCUUAUACUACUCAUAAAUAAUAAAACAAUUGUUGAAGUCACUGGACUUUUUUUUAUUGAUAUGGAUUGCAUUUGUACGCUCUGGUUGCUUCUAAUUCCAUUUGUUUACCAAAUUAUCAAAGCAAAACAAUCUACAUGACUCGGCAAGUACAAAGUCAGCAAAAUCUUUUUGUUUAGAAUUCUCCAGCUUUAAACUAAAGAUUUACUCUUAGUGAGAAUUAGUGAGCUGUUUAGAACAAAUGCCACAUGCUAUAGUUUAUGUACAUUGGUUUUCCCCUCUGCAUCUCCCUUUUCUGUAUCCUGUUUAAUGUCCCUCUCGGCUCCCUCUGCAAUGUGAAUGAUCACCACAUGCCUCUUUGUCCAUAGGUGAUUUAUACGGCGUCAUUUUAUACUGACCCUCUCUGCUUUGUAGUUUUUAUAAAAAAUAAUUUCAUGUUUAGCUUUUUUUCUCUCCAUUUUGUACAUUUCUGGAUAGUUUCUAAAACUUUGUAUGCUACACAUUUGAUGCAUCUUCUUUCUUCUACAAGAAACAACAAUGUACAAAUAUUAUUGAUGUUGUCAUUACAUUGUCAUUCUAUUAAAGCAAUUUAUUUAU